ACUGUGUCCACUCCUCCGUCGGGGGCAGUGCAGGGUGCGAAUGAGCGAAAGUGAAACUGAGACGUGUGUGUGUAUAAAGACGGUGCCGGUGCGCCGGAGCCGCAGAGCCACCGAGCAGGUUCCAAGAAAGAGCGGGAGCAAGAGAACCAGCAUCAGCAGCACACUUAGAAAGGAGCCUCCAGCACAGACACUGAGUGGCAACAUGACUUCUGGAAACAUCCUCACCCUCUGCCUGUGGAUCUGCCUCCUCUACUGCUGCUACACAGUGACUCAGGGGGAGCUGGCGGUGGACUGCUGCUUGUCGGUGAGCUACAAACCAAUACCUGCGCAAGUGGUGAGAGGCUACAUGCGACAGGAUAAGGGCAACGGGUGCGACCACAGCGCCGUUGUCUUCAUCACCAGGAAGAACAUCAGACUGUGCGCCCCCCCUGAAGCAGCCUGGGUCAAGAACCUCAUAAGCAACCUGAACAACCUGCUGAAGAAAUGCAAAGCCAAAAAAUUCCAGGGACGGAAGUGUGACGAGCUGAAAUCCGUCAUGUUCGGGAACAGCGUGCAGUGAAGAGGCCUUUCCGUGCCCCUCUGUGCACGUGACGCGGAUGCGACGUGGGCUCCUUGGCCACGAUAGAAAUCCUUGUUUCUGGUCUGUUACUCCUAACGGCUCUCAUUCAACUUUCUGCUCUCAGUGCUUUGCACCAUCCUCAAGGGACAAUACUGGACAUCUCACAAUGGGUCUGUGUGUGUCUACUAGUGUGCUUAUAAGUCAUAGCGCAACUGAUUUCUCAACAAUCCAUCAGUAUGUAAACACUCUGUAACUCGUUUGCUGAAUGAGGAAACACACUGAUGGCUAUUUCAAAACUCUUUUUUUGAUAUAACCUCGAAAGCAGGGAAACUUUUUUAAAAUAGGUAUUUUUUUAACAAAAUAUUCAUGUGCUGCAAUGCCGGUGGAAAAACAUAACAGUAAGGAAUUGUAAUGUGUUUUAAGUGAAUGCUGAACAAUAUAGUUUAGCUAAUCAGAAUUUGAAGGAUUAACUUGAUCUAACUGUACAAUGGGAGAGUGUCGUGUGCUGCAUACAAUCUGUAUGGCUGCAGUUUACAUCGUCAAAUAAAGGUGGUGAAGAAAGACAUUACGGGAGUAAAUCACUGCGUUCCAUUGCAAAACACAGCAGCUUGGACUGCAGCGACAUCCCAUCUGUCACUUCGGAGGGAGGUGUGUGUUAACACCUGAGCCGUGGGAUCCGGUGCGUGGGUUUGCUGCCCGUUCAGUCCGUGUGGGGGACGCCGCGUUUUCCGAUC